AGUAGUUCCGGGCACCUAACCCAAACGGGGGAGAGUCCCGGAUGUUGGCUCGGCCGCUGAGAGAAAGGCGAACUGGAGAAGGCGGAGAGAAGCUGAAGAGGGACGCAACGGCACCGCGGGCACACCGGCGAAGCUACGGCGCUUCUUUGCACAGGACGAUAACGCCAAGAGCACAGGACACUCCUGGGGAGCCCCCGCGAGCGGAAGAAGAGGAGGUGGAAGGAAGGGGAGGGGGCAGUUACUCUGAAACUACCGUCAGGAUUUAACAGAGCCGCCGUCACAGCAGCGUUCACCCAGAAGUUGACCGACAGACGACGUCAUGCUGAGGCCCUGAGCUAAGGAAGACUUCCAUCCUCAAGCUGUCUCUGUUUGUUAUUCCACACCUGGUCCCCUCCGCGUCAGUCAACGGAGAGCAUCCACCUCCACAUUUCCCCCCACCCCCCUCCUGCCCAGCCUGCCGUCACCAUGACGUCAGAGCUGGAGAGCAGCCUGACCUCCAUGGAUUGGCUUCCUCAGCUGACCAUGCAGGCGGCCAUCCGCAAGGCGGAUGCUCAGAAUGCCCACGGGCCAGGCAUGGGCAAGAAGAGUACCCUACUGGAUCCUAAUACCACGUUGGACCAGGAGGAGGUGCAGCAGCAUAAGGAUGGCAAGCCGCCAUACAGCUACGCCAGCCUCAUCACGUUUGCCAUCAACAGCUCGCCAAAGAAGAAGAUGACACUGAGUGAGAUCUACCAGUGGAUCUGUGAUAACUUUCCCUACUACAGGGAGGCGGGCAGUGGCUGGAAGAACUCAAUACGGCACAAUCUGUCAUUGAACAAGUGUUUUCUCAAAGUGCCUCGCUCCAAAGAUGACCCAGGAAAGGGGUCUUACUGGGCCAUCGACACCAACCCAAAGGAGGACGCCUUGCCCACACGGCCGAAGAAGAGGCCGCGGUCUGGAGAGCGGGCUUCCACGCCGUACAGCCUGGAGUCGGAGUCUUUGGGGAUGGAGUGUAUGGUCUCUGGAAGUGCCUCUCCAACACUGGCAAUCAACACUGUGACGAACAAGGUGGCGUUGUACAACACAGACCAGGAAGGGAGCGAUAGUCCCAGAAGCAGCCUUAACAACAGCCUGUCUGAUCAGAGUCUGGCCUCCGUCAAUCUCAACAGUGUGGGCAGUGUGCACAGCUACACGCCGGUGAGCAGUCACCCAGAGCCCGUGGCCCAGUCGAUGAGCCUCCAGCAGCCCCCCCAGUCCCAGUACAACAUGCCAGACAGGGACAAGCAGCUCCUGUUCUCUGAUUUUGAAGAUCUCAGUGCCUCCUUCCGCAGCCUAUACAAGUCUGUUUUUGAGCAGUCCUUCAGCCAACAAGGCCUGAUGGGUAUACCGUCAGACUCCACCCAGCAGUCCCACACCUCCUGCUCCUAUCAGCACUCCCCCAGUGGCACCAUUAGCACUCAGAACAGCCUGACCAACAGCCAACCCAACAGCCAACCCAACAGCCACUCUGCCAACAGUGGCCAGGUGCCUCUUUCCCAUCCGGCCCAAGCCCACCCUGGCCACGGCUCCCCCCACGCACAGCACCUCCCGCAGCACGGCGGCCCCCACAGCCAACAUGCCCAGCAUAGCCAACACAGUCAGCACCCACAACAUGCAGCGCACGCCCAGCACGGCCAGCACCCAUCGCAGCAAACGUCCCACGGACAGCACCCACAGCAACACACGCCACACCCCUCCCAACACACGCAGCACAGCCAGCACCCUUCUCAACACGGACAGCCGCAUCAGAGCCUCUCCCACCAGCCCCAUCCUACCCAGCAACAGAUGGCCUGCAACACAGGUUUACUGUCUGACUGGUACCCAAAUCUGGAUGUACUGAAAGAAAGCUGUCGUAUUGCUAGCAGCUAUAACUGGGCUGAUGUCGACCUUUCACCUUUCCAAGGGUUGAAAGAGAGUAUGAGACAAGCGGAGUUGAACAAUUGGUCCCUGGAACCCACCCAGAUCGCCGACCUCUGCUCGUCCAUCAACCAGUUUUUUGCCCGCACCGGUGUAAUUCAGCCACAAGGGGCAGUGCAGCCUCCUGUUUGUCAUGGCUCCAUGCACCCCAGCAAACCCAGCCAGCACCUCAACACAGGAAAUCUCUACAUGGACACCAGACAGAGCAUGUCCAUGAUGGGUCCUCCAGGAUAUCCACACAUGAGCAGCACAGUACCCACGAUGACAGGACACCAUGCACAGAUGAACCAGCAGCACAUGAUACCUACCAGAAACUUCCAGAUGCAUCGCAUGCCAGCUGAUGACAUCCAGGAUGACUUUGAUUGGGACUCCAUCGUCUAGGCCCAAGACCUCCGUUUUGCAAAAUGAAAGGGAGCGAGGAGAGGAGACGGAAGCCAGGCUGAGCUGGAAGGCUGCAGGAGGAAGAGGAGGCCACUGUGGGCGGAACGCAGAGGAACAUUUGACACGUGUUGGAGACAGACUGCAGAGCCCUGACAUUUUUACAAAAGCAAAACAUAACUAGAAAACGUUACUUUAAAGACAAUCAUAUUUAGUCGGACAUGUUAAAGUGAUUGCUUACGUGCUUGUCAAGAGACCAGUAGAACACAUUCUCGUCCCGACCCACAUGCUCCUCAGCUCCUCAGCCGGCCCUCUCGCGGUCCCUAGCCAGCAGCUUUCCAAAGUCCAACCCCCUCUCCCCCCCGACCCCCUACUCCGUAACUGUUAUGUGAUUUGAACGACGUGUUCAGCUUGUAAUUCUCCUCGUGUUGACAUUGGCCUCAGCUGCCUCAUGGAUGAGUUUAUCUCUCUUUUUUAAAAAAGUAGAAAAAGAAGAAAAGAGAAAAAAAAGAAGAACAAUUCUAUAAUUUUUUGUUUUAUUUUUAUUUUUUAAAGAAACACAGGCCGUCUCUGUGAGUAAUGUGAUGGUGCUCGUUGGUCACUUUUGGGAGAAAGUGGGCCCCACUGUGGCUGGAUUGGUGGUGAAGUAAGGUUUACAAUAACUUUGAACAGGGUGUUAAAUGUUUAAGCAGGCUUGAUAUUAAACAAACUGAGAAAGUGAGAGAGAUAACAGAAAGUAUCAUAAUCUGUUUUCAUAGCCAAUCAAUGUGACCAGGCUCACUACAACAGACCAGCUAUGGGAGAACAGCAACCUUUUUUUUCCUUUUCUUAGUUCUCUGUCUCAAGCACUUCAAGCCGAGUGAAUAUGAUGAGUGUGAGAGGUGGAAGCAGGGAUGUCAAACAUUUCUUGUCUUUAGUUCCUACGGUUUUGCUCCUCUGUACAUCAUGUAGGUUAAUAAUCGCUUUACCAAUCAGAAGCUGUUAUAACGUGAAGUGCUAAACAAAGUCACAUUUUCAAGGUAAUUUUAACGGUAAAGAUCAUACAUCUGAGGUGAGGAGCCUAUUGGUCAUUAAACAACAUCAUUGAGAGAAAAUGAAAUCAGUUGUAGUAAUCUGAUUAGUAUUGCCGUCUGAUCAGAAUAUCACCAGUAUAUCCUCAUGUGUCAGCUAAUAAGGAACAAUAAAUUGUCAAAUGUCAAAGAUGUGUUUGAGAUGAACCGUGUUUCUACAACACAGUUUGUCAUGUGGUAAUUGUCCCGCUCAACACGUAUCAUUUUCAUAAUUUUAGAGAUAAAUAACCGUUAUAAAAACAAUAUUGGCCGAUGUAGCAUCAUUUGAUGUUUUAAAACUUUCAAAUAUGGGUCUGGUUAUUUGCCUCAGCAAUCCAGGAUCGGACGGGCUCUCGUUUAGAAGCAGGUUUUUGUCAAGUUUGCGUGCUUGUGCUUCAAGUCAGCAGGUUUUGGUGUCAUUAAAGGUGUCGUCUGACAUUUUGGGAGUUAUAAAAGAUGACGUGGUGAAUAUGAAACUGCUCUGAAAAGAGCGAGUCUACCUCUGUCCGAAGGAAACCAAGUCUGCCUCCCAGUUCCUCUAAGGCUCACCGAUCGGCACGUUAGGUUGGGUGUGUUUAAUUCGUAUGAAAACUAGAGCGUAAACAAAAUGUUGUUACAGGAGUUAUGGGCUGGACUCUGUCCCAGCUGGUUGCAUUCAUAUAAUGUGUUAAUUAUUGAGCUUUAGAGGCGCUUUAGGCCGAUUUAGAUUCAGUUGCACAGAGCUAGCUCGUUGUUUAUGCGGUUUUCCAGACGUGAGAGUGGGAUUGAUCGUCUCUAAGAGCUCAGAAGCAUAUCUCCCAACAUGCCAAACUCAUUGUUCCUUAAACUAUUUGAAUUAUGAUCAUUAAUACUUGUGAUAGCCACACGUCUACCAUUUUUAGAGUUUCAACCACACUGACUUGAACAAUUGCGAGUAGACUAUAUAAUUGUUAAAUUAUAUUUUUAAAAUAAUAUAAGGCCAUUUAAGCUUCUUAUUGUCCCAAUGCUUUAAUUAAUGAUCAAUAGGAUAUGCAUCAGAUGUUGUUUCCAUUUGAAAAGGGCGAAGAAAAGCACCAGUUUUACUGUAUAUUUCUUUGAUCUGUAAAAUAUGUUGCACCCAAAUUUAUACCUUUUUCCACCUAUUGUCUAUCAAAGUGAGUUCUUGAUGCUGCACUCAGUGUUUGUCAUUUCUAACUUACGGAAAUUACGGAGAUAUGAUCUUUUUCUCUCUUUUUUUUUUUUACUACCCAAUGUUUUGUUGUGAUAGUUAGAUAGCGUCAGACUUUGCUAUUAUACAAUCAUAACAGAAUGAGAAAUGUGACUCAUACAAUGUGUGUGUGUGUGUGUGUGUGUUUUGAACAAAUGGAGCGAGCGUGUGUUUUGGUUUUAUUGUAAUUGUAGGGCUAUGAUUGAUUGCUGCAUUCAUCUCUAUGCUAUCUAUGAGCACAAACGCAGAUGCACACAGUGAUUAAAGACUAGAUAUGAGACAUGCCUUUUUUUGUUUGUGGGAAGGGUCUCCGGAGCACAGAACAGGGAGACCAGCGGUUCUGGAAACCUGUAACGAGUGGCUCCUCAAUCAGACAGGUGCUGAACCUUAGAGACACUUUGUUGGGAGAAAAAAGCCCUUUGCACUUUUCUGUUGAUCUUAACCGCAAAGCACCUCCGUGAUCUCAAAGGCACUCACCUUUUCAUUUAUUCAUUCACUCGCAGUUAAACUAUCUGCAAUGAGCAGGAUUAUUAACACUGCUGACCUGUGUGUUGCUUUGCAUCUGUAACUGUGUCCUUGUUUACAAGAAUAGUUCAACAUUUGGGAAAGUAUGCUUCUUUGGUUCCAUUCCAAGAGUUGGAUGAGAAGAUUGAAACCUCUCCUGUCUGAGACUCUGGAGCUACAGCGAGCUGACGGUGAGCAUAAAGACUGGAAACCUCGUGCGGCCUCUCGGCACCUCUAAACCAAUCAACAAGCUGAAUCUCACUCUUUGAAUCCCUCCCAACCCCUGAGUGUUGGGGUUAUGCGUCAGACUCUUUCUUGGCGAGCUGGAGUCUCUUAAGAGAAAACAUGUUAAAUAAUUAGCUUUUUUGGUGCUGGGAGGCUGAGGGCUAGGCUAACCUUCCCCCCUGUUUCUAGUCUUUGUGCUAAGCUAAGCGUGGCCUGGCUAAAGCUCCACAUGUACGUACACACAUGAGAGUGCUAUCGAUCUUCUUCACGACCAUUGAAGUGUAUUUCACGAGUCCAACGACCCCGUUUCGGAUCGCUUAGCAACCACGGACUCCAACGGUCACCCUAGUUUGGAUUUCAUAUUUGUAUGACAAUCAUGGACUCUUUAAUAAUAAUAAUAACAAUAUCAAGUCUGUUAUUGUUAGAAAAGGCCUGUUCAAGUCUCACAUGGUUGUCUUGUUGAAUAUUGUAGAACCAGAUGCUAUGUUUGAACCCAUCGAAGGUUCUUUGAAACUAGAACGGCCCGUUUUAUACUGCAGAGCUUCUGUUAACCCUUCGACAGCCGCACAGAUGAAGUCAAGUUCUCUUCUUUCAACUGAUUAUACUGCCAUUGAUUUUGAUAUUUUCCUGCCAAUUCUACCUGUCCACAUCUGCUACUUCCUGCUCUUGUUUAUCCAUCUUUGUAUAUUAAACGUCCGCUGCAUGUGGAGGAUUUCCUAACCUGUGGAUUUCAACGAUGACUUUAAAAAGUUUAGUUCAGCUGCCAUACAUAAUGAAUGAGUGCUCAGACAGAACUCUUAGUCCGUUAAGUGACACAAUUCAUGACUCUUAGGCGAGUGUUGGCCAAAGGGCUGUGUCAGUGAAAAGCUAAGGACUAAUUGACCUCCAACAGAGAGCAUCCUGGGAGUCCUUGGUUGGUGUGAAAGUGAAGUGUGUUUCACUUCUUCCAGGUGAAGAUCGUAAACACACACGCUACUAUUUGACAGCAACGCAUUGGGAAAACAAAAGAUGUUGAGUAAAUGGAUGUGGCUAAAAGGGCGAAAGGUGAAGACAAUGACUGGAUCACAAUCACAAUUUUAUAUUUUGUGUGUGUGUGUGUUUGCUAGUGUGAGUUCUUUUUCAAAAGACCAUUUAAGUUUUUGAAUACUGCUGGACAUGUACCUGUCAGAGAGAUUACUAUCAUUGGGAAAAAAGAUGAGAAGAUUUACAAAAAACAAAGCCUUGUUCCGACAUGAGAGAGAACUGCCAACAAGAACUGCUGAUUGGGGCCUAUUUUUUUCAGUGCUGGUGUGUUGUUGUGCUUGUACAUAUGUGUCUUUUCAAUCAUCCCUUUUUCCCUCUUGGGGGUGGGGUAUCAAGGCUGGGGGUGGGUCUUAUUCACAAAAGACAGGAGCAAACAGAAUAGAGUAUUUUGUUAUUGUCCAAUCAGAGGGUGACAGUAUGUAUAUAUCUAUAUUGUAUAUAUGUGAUGAAAAUGCGUUUGCUUUUUGUGUGACACUACCUUUUACCUGUACUAUGGUUCUACAUUCAGUGUUUCAGUGUUGAUAAUAUAUAUUUGGUUUGUGUUUUAUUUUUCUGUUUUGUUUGAUUACGUCUUUGUCAUUUCUUGUAUUUUAUUUCUCCUACUCGUCCUUUUUGUUUAUUGCACGGUUUAUUACUUUUGUUGUCCAAUGAGGUGACACAGCUACUCUUUGUAUUCGUUUAGUGCUGUAAAAUAACUCGUGUUAUUAGAAUUGUCAAUACCACCGCCCACCCCGCCCCCUUCCCCAAUAUGCAUGAAUGGCACUUAAAGAAAUAAAAUAUGGUAACUUCA